AUGUCUGCUGCGAAGUUUGAGUGUGCUUCCUACAAGCAUUUUGAGCCCGACUUCCACCCGCAAAGGCCAAUAAUCAUCGGCGAGGAAGGCCUUGACUCGCCAGAAACGGUGACUCUCAAGUACGAAGAGGCAGUCGCAAGGGCCAACGGAGACCUACGGGGCGACUCCCCGCAGGGCGGUCUCCUCCCCAUGUCCCAUUACGGGAAACCACAGCCAGGCCCAAUCCACGGGUAUGAUUCAUCCCGUGGGUAUCAGGAUGCCGGAUAUCAGCAAUAUGGAGCGCAAACCUAUCCUGCGCAGCACGGCAGUGCAGGUCAGCUCACCGCAGCCCAGAUGAAUCAGGAGGCAUUUGCAGCCAACAGCGCAGUCGGCUCGUACAUGCCCGUCAGCGUCAGCGUCAACCCAUCUGUGGUAUCAUAUCAGCCAAAUUCUGGAAUGGCAGGCACCAAAGUGCAAGUCAAGGUCAACUCGCCGUACGAUCUCCUCACUGUAGCGCCUUUCUACUCUCUCGUUUUCGGCGCGAACAAGGUGUCUGCACAACCCACCAAAGAAUCCCAGGAUAGCAACGGCUACAUGUUCACUGUCUCGGCCGACGCACCGCCAUUUGUGGUCACCGGCUGUAACAGCGAAAACGUGCCAGUUUUGGUCCUGAUUGAAACAGAGAACGGCGAGCAAGUCAUGAAGGAAGCGGCGGGCCAAUUUGUAUAUCACGAAGCAGGCCCAGGUGCUAGCUCAGACGACAUCACGAGGAAGAUAUCCAAGUCACCUGAGCAACAACAUCAGUCCCCCAGGUCAGCAAGCACUCAGCUCGGCAACGAAGUCAAUACAAAUACGUACGACUUCGCUACAGCUCCGCAACAACCUGCUCAGACUCCCUAUGGAAACUCAUUCUCACAAGACAACAACAACAACAACAACAACAUGCUCAGCGCUUACCGAACCAACUCCUUCCCGGAGCAGCAUUACGCCCGGGCGGUACCCCCGCCGUUGCGGCCGCCGAUGGCCGGAUGGCAAGCAUACGGACGAACGCCCGGCCCCCCCAUUACGCACACGCAGAUCUCCCGUCCUAGCUUGACGCCGCUGCCCAUGCCAUCUGCCACGAUGCCUCUGCUUGUCAGGACAAGCUCUAUCCCAAGCUCUCCUGGAGGUGGACAGCAAUCUGGAUACAAUCAUUGGGGAUCUUAUUCGAACAAGGCCCAACUCAAGAUUGUUGGCAAGCUCGACACCAUGUCUAUCGACUGGUCUCCCGAGGAAUGGUCUAACCGAAGACGCAUCGUCAUGUUCAAUAAGAAGCAGACCGGAUCGACUCUCACGGCGACCUUCCGGCCCGUCAAUGUCAACGAGAGACCACCCAACAGCAUUUGCAUCAGCUGCAUCUGGUGGGCGGAGAAGAACGAGUGCUACGUUACGUCUGUGGACACUAUCUACCUCUUGGAGCAGUUGGUCGUUGCCCCAGCCAGAUUUACCGUGGAGGAGAAGAACCGCAUCCGUCGCAACCUUGAGGGCUUCCGGCCUUUGACAGUGAGCAAGGCCAAGGCAGACUCGGAAGAGUUUUUCAAGAUCAUCAUGGGAUUCCCGAACCCGAAGCCCAGAAACAUUGAAAAGGACGUCAAAGUUUUCCCGUGGAAAAUCUUGGAAUCGGCACUGAAGAAAAUCAUUGGCAAAUACAGCGCUAGCCCCUCGUCGACUCUUCCAGCCUCGCACCUCUUGACGCCCACACCGGUCAACGCGUAUCCUCCGCCGCUCCCGACACCGCCGGCCCCAACCGUUGCAUCGGACCAUGUCAGUGCCUAUGGUGUUCCAUCGCAGGUCCACCACCACGAAGGCUUAACCUCACCGAGGUCGAUCACUGGCAGCACGCACAGCUGGCCGGCGUACUCAACUGGGCCCCCGCGCAACCUUUCUCCCGCACUUGCAUCAGUGUCCCCGCGGCAAUCUGGACUGCGUCUUGCUGCACCUUUACCAGCUGUUACCGGCUACGAUAGUCGGUCGAUGACGACCCACUCAUACGGCGGCGGGCUUCAGACUCCUCUAGGAAACCAGCAUACACCGCCAUCAGCCCCUGGACGCUGGGAUCCUACGAUACCAGCGAUGCAUGCACCGACUACCUACGCAGAGCAGUAUCAGUCUAUGACUGCGCACCACAACCCGAGUCACCAAGUAUACGGUGGUGGCGGAUACGGGGACGGGGCGCAACGGGCUUGA